AACUUGUAUGCAUCAUUGCUUGCUUUGAUUAACAGCGCCCUCUAGCGGCUCCUCUCUGCAGUGCUGCGUUCACUCUAGCGGCGGGCGCGAGAAUGUCUCCCGCCUACAGGCUUCUCUCGCUACACGCGCUGCAUCUGUAUUUGUCAGGCUCAAAUCCAAGGGAGACGAACGAGGCGCCAUCUUUCGUGCGUUUCUCCCUCCAACGAUGAGAAAAUGAUCUCGAAAUCGGUGGUCUGUGACACCUCCAAUCUGUAAAUAAAGGCGUAAAUGAACAGAAGUCGUAUUUGAGCAAAAAUCGAUUCAUAAUAUACAGCAAAAAUGUAUAUUUGCUUUCCAUAAUCCAGCGAGGCGGACAGCAGCAGCAGCAGCAAGGUGUUUUCUAGUAUCGCCCAUUUCGUGAUUCCGGAGCCGAUAACGAAAAGGGUUCCUGAAACCGGGGUGUUUUUUCACGAAGCGGACGCGGAUGUGGCCAAGGCGGCAGGCAUGCUUGACCAGACGUUUGAUUGUGUUUUGGUGACAUUUUUGUGCUAUUCAAGCCAAAGGUCGGUGGAAUAGUUGCCGAAAUUCCCUCGGAUCGCGCGCCCGUCACGUGCAGCCAGGCUGCAUAGGUGGGCUGGAGUGAAGGUUUGGAGGUGCAGGCUGCCGUGCCCAUUCCUCGGCCCUGCAUGGCUGCGAUGGCGCCCGCUCUGACUGACGCCCCAGCCGAAGCCCGUCACAUUCGCUUUAAACUUGCCUCUCCUUCGUCCAGCCUUUCACCAGGCAGCACAGAGAACAACAGCAACGCCAGCAACAUUCUCCUCUCUGACUCUGCCAGUAACCACAGCAACGGCAAGUGCCACGUCAACCCUGACGACGGACAGAACUUUGCCCACUACCACAGUAUCAAGGGUCAGGAGCAGAAUCCCCUGUCUAAAGCCCCAUCUCUGGGCAAACUGGCACCCUUCUUGUGCUCUGAUGUCACACCAGUGCCCUCCUCCAACAAGGUCAAGGAGUCGCUGAAGCUGCAAGGUGUCCUCAUCAAGCAGUCGGUGCUGAAGAGCCACGGCCUGCUGAGCGGCUCCAUAUUCCCUAGCGCUGCUGCGGGCAGCGACUUCCUGCUGCACAAGCGACACGCCCUUGAGCUGACUGGAGGACAACUGAAGAGUCUUGUCAACGGAGGAGGAGCUGGGAGUACCAUGGUGCCUGUUAAUGGAUUCUCCAAGAAAGUUGCCAUGCCCAGUGCCGCUGUAGCUGAGAAAGGCUCCAUCGCCACUGUUAAUGGAGACAGCAACCAGCCUUCUACCAAUGGAGAAGCUUUGUUAUCUGUGUCCUCAAAGUCUUUCGGUACCUUUACAACCAGUGGACAGAAUGGAGAUGUGAAGCCACAACAGAAUUUGACGCCUUGUGUUCAAGGUGUGUCAUCACAUAAGGAAAUGACUGCUUUGUCUGAAAGCCCAGAGGUUAAAGCAGAACCGGAGAUUCUUGUUGGAGGAUUGGUUGUUGAAACAAAUAGCAAUGAUAUCGCUAGUCAGCACGGCUUUCAAAAUGGUCCCUCGCCCCUCAGCUCUUCCCCAGUUCCUGAUGACACCUCCCUCCCGACCCCCAACUUGGAAGCUCUGUUCCGGGAUCGGGUUCAGCAAAGCCAACACAGGCAGACAGACAUUGAAGGCCGCCUGGUGCGUCUUCGUAAAUGCCUGCAAGUGGUGCAGGCCAAGCAGGUGGAGCGGCAUUUCAAACAGCAACUCUCUGGUUUUCUGGAUCGCACUCUGACCUCGUCAUCCGCAGGCUCUGGCCGAAGAGUGGAGAGGUCGUGGAGAAGAUCUCGUGCCUCUGCGGGUGCACGAGCUCAUAGUUUGGGCAGGUUUUUGAAAGGUGGCAGGGUGACCACAGAACUGGAGCAACUGCAUCUCAGCGGCACCACACAUUUGCACGUGGCAGAGACUCAGUUUGAUUCGGAUGCCACUGAGAGCAGCUCAGGUGGAGAGAGUGACAUCGAGGAGGAGGAGCUUGCCAGAGCAAAUAUUGACCAGUGUCAUAUUAAACUAUGGAGAAGAGCAGAGGCGCGGUUUGCACAGGAGAGAGCCUCAGUCAUUGGUCACUGGGCAUGGCUACAGACUCAGAUAUCAGAUCUGGAGUAUCGCAUCCGACAGCAGGUCGACAUCUACCGCCAACUCCGUGCCGGCAAGGGUCCUGUGGAGCUUGGAGACUCCUCCCCUUCCUGCCAGAGAACAAUUAACAUGGAGACUAAAGAGGAUGUCCUGACCACUCCGAUAUCCCAGAAUUCCACAGGAUCCCAGGCUCAUUUGACAGACAGAUUGGAGAACGGCAUCUCCAUUAGUAGCAUCGCAGAAAUGUCACACACAUGCUCUUCAAGUCCAGACAACAGUUUUACAGCUGCACGAACACGCCCGCUGGUCAGCUGCAGCAGACGUCGUCUUAUCCACCCUAACACUUUCCACAAUCUCAACGGCAAGAGAGUGUCUUUCUCACCUCCACCAAUCUGUGAUGUUAACUCCUCAUGUGUCAUGUGUGGGGGCGCUCAUCCCCUCUCCAAACCGGAUUUACCGUAUGAGCGCCCUCUGCUGGAGAGAGUUGCACAUCAAGACCGCAGCGUCCACCCUGUUCUGUCCAUGCAAUCAGAUGUGGCUCUGAGCGUACAGCUGCAAAAGGUCUUGAGGUCUCAUUGGCAGACUCGUCACUUUGAGAGGAUCAAACCGCUCAAGAAGAUCUCCCUGAAACAAAAGCUCUCCAUCACACCAUCAUCAUCGUCAUCCUUCCUCUCCAAACACAAAUUCAGGCUGUCAAACGCGCAUGCGGCCGCAGUCCGAUUGGCCCGUCACAAGAUCAGGUCAGAGAGGCUGCACCAGCAGCAGGCGGAAAGCAUCUUAUGUGUCCCAAAACCAGACACACUCACGCCCUGCAGGGGGGAUCAUGCACUGGACCGGAGUCACAGCAGGAAGAGGGUCCAUGAGCACUCUCUGGACAGAGCAGACUCACCAAAAGUGGUGAUGGACGCUGGCAGUCCUUGCCCGUCUCUGUCCGGCCUUCACUCCUCCAACACCAGUCCCCUGAGCAGACAGCUGUCCCUCCCCGCUGAGAGCAGCACUCCUCUCGGCAACAACGUGGUAUGUUCAAUAUCAUGUCCUUACAACAAAGUUGAAGGGAAUACACCAUGUAAUCACCUUUUUUUUCUCACUUGGAAUGAUGCAAUUUGUGGUUUUAAACAGCCCAUACGGAGAAGGAGAGGGGAGAGCCCGUUUGAUAUCAACAACAUUGUCAUUCCCAUGUCGGUGGCCGCCACAACUAGAGUUGAGAAACUACAGUACAAAGAAAUUCUCACACCCAGUUGGAGGGAAGUGGACAUUUGUGCCCAGCCGCUGGCAGAGGACGACGAUGAUAAUAACAUUCCGGUGGAGGACCUUUCAGAUGCUGUGUUCUCCAAACUACAUCAGUCAUAUGAGGAGCAUGAACGCUCUCGCUGGAGAUGGACUGCUCUUACGCCCGCCAAGAGGAGAGGCAGCAGGUCCUAUAAAUCCCUGGAUGGGCGAACGACACCAUCCAUAGCGGGAACGAACCCUUCCACGCCCCAGCCCUCGUCCCCAGACACAGGUCACUUCCACCUGCUGCAGGACUACGGGCCCGUGCCGUCCCCCCUGAGCCCACCCAGUCCCGACACACCUUGCUCCCGUGACGCACACACACCUUACACCAGAGACACACACAGACUGCCGUACAGCGAAGACACGUGUGGAUCCACUUCAGACUGCACCUUUGAGGAGAAGACGGUCCAGCCCUGGGAAUGUCGGAGUUUUCCCUUGCCUGAGGACCCGAUAGUGGAGUCAGAGACGGACAGAGAUCAGCUGAGCUUUCCUACAAGCCUCAGAGUCGCCCAUUGUAGGGUGGAGUCAGAGAGUGACGCCUCCUCACCAUGACUAUAAACCUGUUUAAGCCCACCCACCUACGGGAAUGACCUUAAAACCACACCUCCUAUGGCAUUAACUGAAAAUAGAACUUGUACUAAUCAAAACAAACAAAAAAACAUUCUGUCGGGUCUUCUGUUGUUUGAUAUUCAAACAUCAGCCAAUUAUUAUUUUCACAGUUUUUAGUGAAUAUUACAGAACAUAGAAAGCUAAACCUGUCUUUUCUCACAGAAGAAAAAUGUAAAUGAGAUGUAUGAAAGUUGUUUCCAUAAAUGUUCUCAUAGUCAGCUAAAUAUAUCAUUGGGGCUUAGUGUGGUAUUCUAACCUGUCAGGUGAACACUAUAUAGUGCACUGUGUAGCAGACAUAAAGAGGGCUUGACCAAAGGGUGCCUCUCUGCUGACUAGUUAUAUAUGUAUGCUUGUGUUGUGAAGUGACAAAAACCAAAACCUGACAGAAAUGCUUGCCCACAUUACUUACUCAUUUGAUAGUCAUGUAUUAAGCACCAACCAGAAAUAUUCUCCUCGGAUGAAAAGCACUUCACAGGGCGUCAAUAUCUUUAUACUUAAUCGCUUUCUCUCUCUGCUCACUCUUCCUCCACCCUCCCUUCAUUCUGUCUUUCCUUUUUAAAUAAUUUCUGACCAGCAUAUGGAGUAUAGCUAUGUUAAUGUUCAUGACAUCAUGUAUCACGUCGAAUGGAAUCUUCCUCUGUAAGCUUCCACCUGUUAAAGUCAAGCCUUUAGUAUGCAGCAUUUUAGCUCUUACACCUCAGCUCUUAAAUGUUUCAGACUAAUUCUGCGUCUUCUCUUGAUUGUACUUUGCUAUUCCUUUAAGGAGCCAGACAUUUCAAUCAGACCCGCCCUUCUCAGGUUAUAGUUCUAUGGAAACUUGUGUUGAUAAGAUGUCUUUUUCCUUUCAAUUUGUCAAUAUAUUUGACACUUUUUGUUUUGUUAUCCCAUAUUAGUGUUCUGAUUCAGCCCUGUUGCCCCUUUUGAAAAUCUACUUGCUAUGCAAACCAAUAUUGUUGUGGCCCUGUCCUUUUCUUUUUUGUACAAUCUUAAUGUCUUUCUCUUCAUAGCUACUUGAGACAGGUAUCAUUGUAAUUUGGACUGUUUCAGAAGUUAACCUAAAUCAUUUGCUGAAAAAAAGAAAAACAAAAAACCCCCUUUUGUAAAUAGUAUGAUUAAAAUCAAAUCAUCUCUCUCCAGUG